GAAGAGAAUAAAUGAGUACUUAUAUACGUGGAAGUAAGAUAGAAAACCACACCAAAAAUAUUGUUUGCUGUCUUUUUAGGAAAUCUUGGAAUUGAAUACUGAUAGGCAAAUGAAUGAGGAAACGUGAUGGAAGAACCUGAGAGAGAGUGUGAGAGACAGAUAGAAAACGAGAUACAAGUCAUUCGGUUAUGGUGUGGACCCAAAUGGACUGUGACAGAAUGUGAAAAUGUUUGCCAAAUGAGACAGACAGUGACAGACUGUUCUGCCCCGGAAUACAGGUAGAUUUAUAUUAACACUAAAAUCAACCAGAAUAUCCAUCACAUUCAUCCAUCAUCAUCCAAAUCACUGAUGAACAGACAUAUUAGUUACCGUUUUGUGGUAUUGCUAUUUUGUAAUCCUCAUUGUACAGUAUGUAUUCAUCAAAUAUAGUUAUAUCAACAAAAAUGAGAAAAUAGUACAUUCAUUAUAUGCCAUAAUUCAGUUAAUUUGUAAUAAUUAGCAAUGCUUUUUAUCACCACAGUGCUCUUGUAUUUAUCUACAAUAAAACUUUAAACUACCAUUAUAAUGUUUCAGUUUUUUAUUCUCAGCAUGCAUCAUGUCUCUCCUACAUAGAUAUAAUUUUUAUCAAGCUUGUAAUCAUUAGUUGUUUUUUCACAAAGACUUUGAUCAAGCCAAAGGACAUUAUCUGUAUUAUUUUAUUGUCUCAUAUGCUGAUAUAGAAAUACUUAAACCAGUAUUGUGCAUAUACCUGUUGUCAUUACUACAAUUCAAACAAACGCUACAGGACAAUUAAAAGCCAUAUUAUAGCUUUCAUAUUGCAUUCAUUAUUAUGGCCACCUUUAUUACUGCAUCGCUUUUCUGUUGCCAUUAGGUCAUGGACGUUGUGGUCAGUGUGUUCGACAGUGUUAGUGUUUUAUCUUAGCCGAGCACACAUGCUUUCAAGCACAGUGUAGAUUUUACAGAAGGGGGAGAGUGUGAAAAAUAAUAGAGAGAAAUAACGGAAACAAAGACCAACAGAGGGGAAUGGGGGAGACAGCAAUACUCAACUAUAUUACAUUCCUAUUCCUUGUUCCCUGAAGAAUCGAACAGAACACUGUAAAACUCUGAGAAACUGGAGGAGCGAAAGGAGACACAUGCAGGACCUGCAGGAUAAACAAAAAGGACAUACAACUUAGAAAAGCUGAAAGAGAGCGUACAAUAUUGAGAGAGAGAGAGAAAGCGCCAGAAGGCCGAACACUCUGUGAGGAAGGGGAAACAGACUGAUAGAGAAAGAGAGAGGGGGGAACUUUUCCCUCCUCUCGACCCUAUCGGCAGUGAGACUGGCUGGGGCAGCCAUGGCCUUCACCUUUGCGGCCUUCUGCUACAUGCUCACACUAGUGCUGUGUGCUUCCCUCAUCUUCUUUGUCAUCUGGCAGAUCAUUGCGUUUGAUGAGCUGCAUUCAGACUUCAAGAAUCCCAUCGAUCAAAGCAACCCUACCAGAGCUGUGGAAAGAAUACGGAAUAUUGAAAGAAUAUGUAACUUGCUCAGGAAGCUCGUUGUACCAGAGUACUCCAUCCAUGGGCUCUUCUGUCUGAUGUUCAUGUGUGCAGGAGAGUGGGUCACCCUGGGUCUCAACAUCCCCCUGCUCUUCUACCAUCUCUGGAGGUAUUUCCACAGGCCAGCUGAUGGCUCUGAGGUUAUGUAUGACCCAGUCAGCAUCAUGAAUGCAGACAUCCUCAACUACUGCCAAAAAGAGUCCUGGUGCAAGCUAGGCUUCUACCUGCUCUCUUUCUUUUACUACCUGUAUAGUAUGGUCUAUGCUUUGGUGAGCUUCUGAAUUCCGAAGACUGGAGACUAUGAAUGGAAGCCAGAGAGAGACAGAGAGACGGACUAUCUCGCCUUUUCCUCAUCCAAUCAUCAUUCCAUCUUACCCCCAUCAAGCUCCUGAAAGAGGGGCAAAUUUGAUGAAAAGCCUGCAAGGCCGGCUAAAAACACUACCAUUCAGAGGCGGAGAGAAGGGGAGAUGGAGUGAAGGAAAGAGAUGGAAGGUCAGAGCAGAAGGUGGAAAACAAAGAAGAAAGAGAAUGUUCAUAGAACAUGAAUAUGGCGUCUGAGGUUAACAGAUAGAGAAUCCGUUGGGACGGGAAGAGUUCUAUUUAUUACAUGUUGUGAGGGGAAAUUGUUGGUACUGAGCCAUAUAGGGGUUUCACAAAUGAAAUGGGGCCUACAUUUGAAUGACCUCAAAUCGUAAGUGGAAUACAACCUACAGAUGAUCAAAGAAUAUUCCCCUCCCUCCUUCCUUCCCUGCUUCCAGGGACUGCAUACCUCAACCCAAUGGUACGGAUCAGUUUGCUGCGGUGCAGUCAGAAUUACAUGUGAAAGAGUAUGGAUAUAUGUGUGUAUCAUCUUACAUUAUUGUAGCAGCAUUAGCAAAUGAAAAUGUAAACAUUUUUUAAUUUAGAUUACUGCCAUUAUGGGUUUGAGUGUGUGUGUGUGUGUGUGUGUGUGUGUGUGUGUGUGUGUGUUUGUGUAUGUGUGUGCAUCUGUGUGUGAGCAUUUGUAAUUUUUUUAAGGUUGCAAUAUAUAUCCUUUGCCUUAUUCAUUACUAUUCUGUAAUCAAUUUUAUUGAAUAGGUUUUAUUUCAAAUUGUAAAACCUUACAUAAAUGAGCAUAUUAUUGCACACAUACAUGUAGCUGCAACUACAAUGCACAUAAGCUUACUUAGAAUCAAAAGAGUAAACAUGGAUUUCUUGACUUCCACUAUACUGUACGAAAUAUUUACAUAGUUUACUGUGAUAAGCAAGUCCCUUCUCCAAUAUUUAAGAUCUUAGUUUAGAAGAAAUAUAUUUGAAAACCUUUACACAGAUUAUAGUGGUACACAAUACUUUGUUCAAUCAAUUAAAAAUAAGAAUAGGAACCGCAUUUCUUUUUUUUAUGAGAGGAAAUUUAUUGGACUAUGUGAAUGUAACCUUUGCUAAACCUGGAUGGGGAUUUGUGCUAUUACAGUUUUCUGCAGCUCAUUUUCUCCCAGUCUAAGACCUGCAAAAUCACAGCUUAAAACUUGAAGGAUGCUGUUAAUUAUGUUCAAACUCACUGGAGUGACGCAAGAGACAGGGUGUCCUUGUGAUCAAUGAAAUGGUAAAAAAAAAAAAAAAAAAGACUGUAAAACUCUAGCGACAGCCAGAUUUAUCUACUGUGAUGUUGUUGAUACUGUUAGAACGCCAACAAAAGACACUAUUUGCACAAUUAUAGGAGGGCUCAAACCACAUGAUCUAGUAUGUUCAAAGAGACAAUAAAAUGACCUUGUAUCUCAGACAAUGAAUUGGAGACCCAAAUCUUAGUAUGAGUCGGGCAUAUUCCUCCCUGGUGGGAAAGCUGUCAGGAAUGUUGCUUGAUGUAGGCCUGCACUGGGAAGACUUGGCUGGGUUAUACAAACAGUGCAUACAGUAUACUGUAUGAAAAUAAGAUGAAAGAGAGAGCUCAUGACAGAAGUGAGUGGGGGAUGUGUCACCUGUGUCACAUAGAUGCAGUUGACCCAUAAUUUGACUAAAUGAACAGUCUGGCAGGGUUAAUUCACAGGAGUACCCCACUGUGCCUCAUCCCGGUCCUUUCAGAAAUAAAAGUUUUGUGGGACAUUAUUGUUUUGGGCACAACAUGAUGCAUAUGAGGCUCGUCAUGAGAGGCACACUUUCUGUUUUGGUCACAGAUUUGAUACCACUGUCCCCUUACCCCAACCAUGACACGACUCAAUUCAACGACAAUCCUCUAAGCACAAACAGGGAGGAGGUAAUGGUGGGCAUGAUACAUUGUUGAUUGUGAUAUAAUACGAAUUAAGAAAGACUAGAAUAACUUUGUAAUUGUCUUUUUAUAGCAUAAAACCCACUGUCUGCUAACAUUGCCACUGUCCUAGUAUAUACAGUACUUUAUUUACAUUAUAUUGCAGUACAGUACAAAUCUGUGUAACAUUGAUAAAUAAAACUAGUAUUCAUAUUCUAAUAAAAUACCAGUGUUGAAAACAA